UCGUUCCUUCCUUCCUCAGCUUCAUCCGUCGGAUUCUUUUUUCUGACGGAAGUUGAAUUUCUUGUUGACCGGGCUUCAAUUUCAUCAUUCUUCCGCCAUCAUCCGAUCUGGACCUGGUCGAAUAACAUUAUCAUCUCGAUAGAAUACAAGCAAGUCACAAAUACAUCAAUGCUGCAUCAACCUGCUUUUUUUACUCUAAACAUUAUAGUACUAUAAAUGUUCAAGUCAGUUGACAACUAACUUAAUUUACUUCCUCUUCCCCUCCCCCUCCAAUUAAUCAAUCAUCAUCACCCAAUGCGUCUUCCCCUCCUUGUGGCUCGUUCUCCCACCAUCACCUCCUCUUCCUCCUUCUCCAUCCUCCGCCAUACGAAUCUAGCUCAACUUCCAUCCACUGCUGCUCCUGCUCAUCGCCGUUAUUUGACUAUCUUAUCUUCCCCUUCUUCUUCUUCUUCUUCUUCUUCUUCUUCUUCUUCUCACCGUCCUACAACACUCUGUCGCUGCGGUUGCCGUAACAUCACUUCCUGUCGCUGCCACUGCUGUGCUCAUUCUUCUCCAGCCUCUGCCCGCAAUAUUCCAGCUAAUUCCCACCUGUGCUCCUCUUCUUCUCCUUUGACCGCUCCGCUUGUUCGCUCAUUCUCAACCACUAGACCCGCCAAGAUGGUCAAGCAAUAUAAGCUCAAGAACGUCUCGUCCUUCGCGGAUGUCAAGGAACUGGACAAGGUUGAAUGUGAGGUCGAAGGCAUCGAGGAGGGCAAGGUGCUCCUGGUUCGUCAUGAUGGCCAGGUUCAUGCUAUGACCCCCAAAUGUACCCAUUACGGUGCACCCUUGAAACUCGGUGUGGUGGCCCCGGAGGGCCGCAUCACUUGCCCCUGGCACGGAGCCUGCUUCAAUGUCGUCACUGGUGAUGUCGAGGAUGCUCCGGCCCCGAAUGCCCUCAAGAAAUUCGAGGUCUUUGAACAGAAUGGUGGAGUUUACAUCAACGCAGAGGAGUCCGACAUCAAGGCUGCUCAGCGGGAUCCUGCAAUGAAGUGUAAAUCAUCUGACUCGGAGAGGCUGGUCGUCGUUGGCGGUGGAAGUGGUACUUUCGGUGUGGCCCAGGCGAUCCGUGAACUGAAGUAUACUGGUGCCGUGACUGUGAUCAGUCGGGAACCCAAUCUCAUUAUUGAUCGGACCAAGCUGUCCAAGGCGUUGAUCGCGGACCCCGAGAAGAUUCAGUGGCGACCCGAGGAGUGGUACAAGGAGGCCUCCAUUGAAUUUGCCCACGAUGACGUGACUGGUGUCGACUUCGCAAAGAAGACAGUUUCCACCAAGUCGGGCAAGUCGUACCCUUACACCAAACUAGUCCUGGCUACGGGAGGCGUGCCGCGCACGCUUCCCUUGGAAGGAUUCAAGGAUCUGGGUAACAUCUUCGUGCUUCGCACUAUUCCCGAUGUGCAGGCUAUUCACCAGGCGCUGGGCGAGCAGAAGAACAAAAAGGUUGUCGUCAUCGGCAGCUCUUUCAUUGGUAUGGAGGUGGGCAACUGCCUCGCGAAAGAAAACGAAGUCACCAUCGUCGGGAUGGAGAAAGCCCCCAUGGAGCGGGUUAUGGGUGAACAGGUUGGCCGCAUAUUCCAAAAGAAUCUGGAGAAAGCAGGUGUCAAGUUCAAGCUGGACGUGGGCGUCUCUAAAGCGACACCCUCGAGCUCUGACUCUAGCAAGGUUGGGGCGGUUCAUCUCGAUGAUGGCACCGAGCUGCAAGCCGAUCUGGUAAUCCUCGGUGUUGGCGUGCGUCCCGCGACCGACUUCCUCAAUGACAACCCAGCGAUCACUCUCGAGAAGGAUGGAUCUAUCAAGACAGACGAGCACUUCGCCGUCAAGGGACUGAACAACGACGUCUUUGCCAUUGGCGAUAUCGCCACCUACCCAUACCACGGACCCGGUGCUGACCAGGAGAACGGCAGCUACACCCGGAUCGAGCACUGGAAUGUAGCUCAGAACGCCGGUCGUGGCGUAGCCCGUGCCAUCGUUCACAGCCUGAAAGCUGGGUCACUGCAGUCCCUGAAGCCUAAGGCAUUCAUUCCGAUCUUCUGGAGUGCUCUGGGCGCUCAGUUGCGGUACUGCGGUAGCACAGUGAACGGGUGGGACGAUUUGAUCCUGCAGGGAGAGCCGGAGAACGGGAAAUUCGCGGCCUACUACACCAAGGGAGAGACGGUAGUGGCCGUGGCGACGAUGGGCAUGGAUCCGAUCAUGGUCAAGUGUGCGGAAUUGAUGCGGCGGAAGAAUAUGCCGACCAAGUCGCAGAUCCAGGGUGGGGCGGACGUCUUGGCUGUCGAUGUUCCUUCUUCAGUGAGAAUUUAAAGAUUGAAUUGAGUACUUAUAGUCAAUAGUCUAAUAAUACC